GGAUCACACCCCGGACACUCCCCCGAACGCACUCAUGUCCCCACAGAGACGUGGACUAGAUAUGGGGUGUUUUUUUUAAUGGAUGUGAGUGUAACUUGGACGGCAUAAACCCGGAGAAAUUAAAUCCAUAAGCGUGGAGACAGGAAGCCUGUUUCUUUAUUUUUUAUUUUUUUUUAUUUAAGCUGCAUUUAAAACGAAAUCUAAAUUAAAGUUGUUAAAAUAAAGAAGAACCGCGCACGCCGGAGCCCACUGCGUGAGUGACAGCUCCGGGACACCACGGCCGCCCACUCACAGGCGGGCUGGGUGACUUCAUCGUGUCGCGUGCAUCGACGAGUCGGCACAACGCUGCCGAGAGCGCGCGGAGGCGCGCCGAGCCGAGCCGAGCCGAGCCGAGCUGAGCUGAGCGAUGCCAUGCUCCCAUCGAGGAGGACACAGAUGGACAGCCUAGUUCAGCCGCUCGUCGCCCAGUACCUCGCCAUGGGCUGUCAAUCAGGAGAGAAAAAGACAAACGAAAGUACAACACACGACGAGAAGGGCAAGGACGAUGCGAGAGCGUCUCCAGGAUGCAGCUCCAGGUCUAGAGUUUCUCCUCCGGGCCGACCCCACAGGUUCCACAGGCCCGUCCCGGCCCCGAGCGCCACGGCGAAGGCCAUGACGUCCCUGGGUCCCCUCACCAAAGGGGGGAGCUGGGAGGACCUCAUCCGGGCCUGUCUGCAGUGCUUUGACUCGGACGGCGCCGUGUGCGGGAGCGGCCACCUGUUGAACGUCACCCUGACCAUGCACCGCAUCCACAUCUCCUCCUGCGAGCUGCUGGGCAAGCUCACCGCUCGAUUCCAACAAGCGCUGGACAAUGAGCAGCCAACUGAGUGCCAGAGGAUAUGCUACCUCAUCAGGCACUGGAUCCAGGAAUUUUGGAUGAUGUUCCGGUUGCACCACAGCUUGUCAGACAGCCUGGACCAGUUUCGCGAGCUGAUCCGGGAGCAGGGACAGGAGCAUCUUUGCUCCCUCCUCGAGACCAAGUGGAUAAGCGAACGCGACUGGUCGUGGAAGGCCAGCCAGAAGAUUAAAGCCAACAGCAGCAAGAAAAGGAAGGUCUCUCUGCUUUUCGACCACCUUGAGCCCAUCGAGCUGGCCGAGCAUCUCACCUUCCUGGAAUUCAAGUCCUUCUGCCGGAUCUCGUUUGUAGACUAUCAGAAUUACAUUAGGAGCUGCUGCAUGAAGGACAUCCCCGUGAUGGAGCGCUCCAUCGCCCUGUGCAACGGAAUCUCCCAGUGGGUCCAGCUGAUGGUGCUGAGCAGGCCCACGGCUCAGCUGAGAGCUGAGGUCUUCACCAAGUUCAUCCACGUCGCAAAGAAUCUCCAUCUCAUGCACAAUUACAACACACUAAUGGCGGUGGUGGGAGGGCUUUGUCACAGCUCCAUCUCCAGACUGAAGGACACCACCUCGCACGUCCCCAGCGAGGUCACCAAGGUACUGAACGAGAUGACGGACCUGCUGUCGUCCUGCCGGAACUAUGACAACUAUAGACAGGCCUACGGCAGGUGCACGGGCUUCAAAAUCCCCAUCCUGGGCGUUCACCUCAAAGAUCUGAUUUCGGUCAACGAGGCCAUGUCGGACUACGUGGAGGACGGCAAGGUGAACGUCCAGAAGCUCCAGGCGCUGUACAGCCACAUCAAUGAGCUGAUCCAGCUCCAGCUGGUGCCUCCGCGGCUGGACGCCAACAAGGACCUGGUCCACCUGCUGACGCUGUCCUUGGACCUUUACUACACCGAGGACGAGAUCUACGAACUGUCUUACACCAGAGAACCCAAGAACUGUAAAGCCCUUCCAGCCACCCCCUCCAGACCCUCAGUGGUGGUGGACUGGGCCCGAGGAGCGGCCCCCAAACCGGACCCCCGAACCAUCAGCAAACAUGUGCAGAGGAUGGUGGAUUCGGUGUUUAAGAACUACGACCACGACGAGAACGGCUUCAUCUCUCAGGAGGAGUUUGAGAAAAUCGCCGCUAGCUUCCCGUUCUCCUUCUGUGUCAUGGACAAAGAGAAGGAGGGCCUGAUCAGCAGAGCGGAGAUCACGGCUUACUUCAUGCGGGCGAGCGUCAUCUGCUCCAAACUGGGCCUCGGCUUCGUCCACAACUUCCAGGAGACGACUUACAUGAAACCGACUUUCUGCGACAACUGCUCCGGCUUCGUAAGUCCCCGAAAAACUCUUCGGCCAUCUUUCCGCUAUGGGAUUGUGUUUUUUAGCCUUGCUUGUGUCACAGUGAUGUUAAGUCUUCUUAUUGUUCCCUCACAGUUGUGGGGCGUCAUCAAGCAAGGCUACAAAUGCAAAGACUGCGGGAUGAACUGCCACAAGCUGUGCAAGGAGCAGGUGGCGUUCGAGUGCAAGAAGAACGCCAAGGUGACCAUCGACAGCCCGACGCCCGGCUCCGCCCCGGCGACCGCGGGCGCCCCGGAGGGUUCAGAAGAAUGUCCUUUCCCGUACCCGCCGGACGGCGGCGGGGACGCCAGCCCCGAGUCCCCCGCCCCCUCCCGCCCGAGGCCUCGCCAGGUCCACAGCGCCACCCAGACGGAGGGACCCCACCCGUCCCCCGCCGGCGACCGCCGCCGGCCCCCUCUGCUGGUCCCGGCCACGGCCCCCCCCGCCCCGUGCCCCAGCCCGGUGCCCCAGAGGAAGCAGCGACACUGCGCCAAGUGGGAAAACCGAGCGUCGGUCGCGACGAAGAAGCCCAGAGAGCUUCUGCGCGAGGACAGCGAACCCACCUGCGAGUGCCUGGAGUCGGACAACGAGAGGCUGCAGGAAGCCAACGGGACUCUACGUAGGAAGCUGAGGGAGGCAGAGAGGGAGGUGGAGAUACUAAGGACCCUGCUCAAGAGGCACGCUCUCCACCCGGCGGAGGAGGAGGAAGAGGAGGAGGAGGAGGACUCCUCCUCCUAGACGCAACUGGGGAGAGCGCCGCUGCCCCCUGGUGGCAGCGCAGCCGUAAAGUUACUGGUGAUAAACAGUGAAAGCUACAGGUCUUGUGAAGUAGGAUGUGGAGGUGUUUUAAAGCUAGUCAAACGAGGGAAGCCGAUCGUUACGUCACCAAUAAGGAGGUCGAGAACCUUCUCGAGGAGCAUCGAUUUGUUUUGGAACCAGCGACAGUCCAUAGUGCCGAAAAACACAAUAACAAUGUGUUAUCUUUAACGAGGCUUCAAGGGAGCAUCAGACUCGACUCGUUUGCAAAAGAAUGGAAAGUGUUGCGAUGAGCAUUAAUCUCUUUUUUUUUUUAAGAGCUAGAAAGAGAGUUCGCUCUGUUAACGCUGAACACGGAAAAAUGUUGCGGUGAAGGAGGAUUUAAGAGUUAAAAAUAGGGCAUGAGACUAGAUAUUUAUAUUAAACAUGAAAUGGAAAUUCUGGAGAAAAAAAACAGACUUUUAAUGUGUUUAUCCCAAUUGCAACAUGAUUAUUAUUAUUAUCAUCAUCAUAAUUAUGACACACGAGUGGCCACUGAUUGAAGCAGCAGGAUGAAGGUUGGAGGCGUCAUAAGUGCAGAGCUAAUGUUGCUCUGCAUCAUAGUCCCUGUUCAUGUCGAUGCACGAGAUGUAGUCGGUGCUUCUGUUCAUAUUUAUUGUAUUUAACACUACAACAGUCAUGUCGGGAGUGACAGAAAUGGACAUUUUGUACAGCACAUUGGUACUUUCGUGAAGUAUUUAUGCUUGUGUGCGUGUGUUACUUUGCAUCAUAUUGAUUUGCAUUUGUUGUCGUUGUGCCAGCCGUGUCACCUGAUUGUUGUGUUAAACUGUGAGUCAAGCUACAGAUGGGUUUGUAAUGCGUGGAAUGUGCUGUAAAUACAAAGCAUACCACGGUCAUCUUAAUUAAGUUCAGGCUUAUUACUUUUCUCAGCAUUGUUGUUUUAUUGUGAUAAUAAAAUACUGUAUUAUAUAUAAAAAAUCAGUUGCAGCUGUACUCAGUUUCACCACUGGGGGGCACUAAAGCUUCAUGCUUUUUAUUCAGUGUGGUGCUUUUUGCCUUGUAUUGAGUUUUUUCAGACUCUCUGGGACUUGUUCUAUAAAUGUUGCACUCUAAUCUGCGUUUUACCUGGUAAACAUUAAUCAAAUUAAAGAGCCAAAAAAAAGGGAUGAUGUUCUUCACU